AUGCGUGGCGACCGCGAGUCGCUGAAAAGAACCCUCCUGGUCCUUGAGCGCAAGCUCAUCGGAAGAAACAAAACCAUCAAGGCCACCGGAGAGGAGAAGAGGGAACUUAGCAACGACAUCGAGCAGGCCGUGGCCCAAAUUGGCAAAAGACAGCUCGACAAGAUGCGUGAGAACCUUCGUUCUUUCAACCCAACACUGGAAGGUCUUCAACGCAAGCGAUGCAACACAAAAAGGACGACCAAGUUCAUCUGA